GCGGCGUAGCGUAGGCCUAGUCGCAUCCGUCACUUCCUCGCCCACUGUCUUGUAACACACUACACGCGUGUAGCGCCUUCGGGACUUAACACAUUACACGCUCUUUUGAGAAACGCGGUGGAGUUCCGAACUCUGACGUGUGUAUACAUACUCUUGUCUUUUCCUCAAUUUGAAAUUUCAAAUAAGGCCUAAAUGCAAAUGAUUGCUCCGAGAAGAUGACAUUAUUCACAGAGUUUGGCGAAAUUCUUGAUGAAGUAAAUAAGUACAGAUCUGAAGAUGUCCUCCUUUUAAUUCGGCGAUUGGACCAACUUCAGCUCAGAAUCCCUCCUAACUUAAGUGAUCAGGAACAGAGAGAGCUCCAGAAUCUGUCCCAACGUUCUGUGGAAGCGUAUCUCCGCGCUGUCAACUCUGCUAAACUGACAAGAGCUUUAGAUAAGACAUUCAGGCUGUUCCCCAGUAACUUUCAGAGCAAUGUCAACGCCCAAAUCAACUCUCAGUUCUUAGAACUUCUUCAUACCCAUACAUUGGUGGAUAUUGUGAAAAUAAGUGCUUUAUUAGAACUCAACAAGACUGUGAAAUCAACUUCCAAAGAGCUGUUUAGCACGUUUUCAAGCAUCUUGAGAGAUGUUGCAACACAAACUGAGCAUGAUGGAGCUUCCUUUCGCUCAGAAAAUGAUGUUUAUGUGAUUGCUAAGCUUUCGGUUCAGAUUCUUCAGUUAUUUCCAGCCUCCAUCAGUGCCAUCCUUGCCCAGGAACCAAAAGGCAGUUUAGGUGAUGAUGCAGAGGGAAAAACAGCUACCAUCACUAUUUCAGACUGGACCAGUAUCAUCAGCAGCUUGCUCACUCUGUUUUUUAAAAGUACUCACAAAGAUGUUAUACUGUUACUUGGUACUGCUAUAGCCAUGAUCUACAAGCUCUUCCCAGACCCACAGCAAAUGCAUACAGAUUUCUGUCAUCUCCUUCACGUGCUAUGCCAAGGUCCUGAGAUCACCUCAGUUGAGUUCCACUUGUCGAGUUUAAAUAUCCACAUCCAACUGAGCUUGCAAAUGGACCUUUCAGUGCAUGUUAUCGCAAUCGUGAAAGGUUUACUGGUCAGUUAUGACUCGCAGUUAUUGUCUUAUGGUGAACCCUCACUUCUGCUGACUGUGUUUCCACACAUCUCCGCUCUGUGCUGUGGCACUUCCACCCAUCACUAUUUGUCCUUCCAGCUGAUGUCUCUUUGGUUUCAAAAAGCUGUGCCAUGUGCUGUGGAAAACAUUCCAUCUUCUUCUCUUGACAUGGUGAAUAAAUCUUUUCAGCAACUGAACAUCAAAUCUUCAAAGACAUCCACUUUGGAACAAACAAAUACAAAAGCUCACAACUUUCAGAAUGUAUCAUCUGCCAGCAUUGACAAAUCUGUUGACCAUGGCUUUAGCUGUGAAGAAAGUGUACGACAAAAUUUUUUUGAGGAUGCAACUUUGCAAGAUAGCUCUGUUCUACAAGAGAGCACUAAGGAAAAAGUGAAUGGAGUGUUCUUCAUGUCCUCUGAGUGCCCAGUCCUACACUUAACUCUUGACUGUGUUUCUCUGAACUGGGACAGCCCUGUGGAAGGAGUGUCGGAUUCUGUGACAGAGAUUUUCCGGAGUCUUCUAUCCCUCUGGCAAAGAUGUCAGGUGUCUCGGGGAACUCAGAACAACAUGGAUCUAAGCCAGCAUCUUUUGGACCAUUGCCUGUGUAUGGCGUGGCACUCUCGGGCAAGAUACAAGCCCAUCAGCCUGUUGCUCCCAUAUGUCGAUUGCUCCCAGCUUUUACAAAGGAACCCGCAGCUAAAGGCUGACCUGUUGAGGUGCAUGAAGGUGAACAGCAUGGCUGCAAUUGCUACAGAUGUGUACAAGGCUUUUCUACAGCAAAUUAUUUCACAGCAUGGAAACAAUUCUGCACAGAUAUGGUCAACCGCCUGGAGGUCUGCCUUGAUCGAUGGUUUGACUUCUGCAGACAGCUUACAAAGGAUCAAGACGUGCACUUACUGGCUGCCCGUCACUCUUAAAAUGAUAGCGGGAAGUGAGUCGUUGCUUCUGUCUGAGCUGGAGGUUAAGCUGAGAGAGCACAGCUCUGGUGAGACUGAUCAGUGGCUGCUGUUUGCCUGGGUGACGGUCUCUAGAGUGGCCCGAGAUCUGUUGCAUCACGCAGUUAACUUGAAGGACAGCGUCUACCUUCACAGAGCCUUGCUUAGUGACCAGGAGGAGACGAGGGCUGAGGCCGUCUUGCUGUUGUGCAGCACUGUGAAGAGAGCAGAACCAAUAUCUGAACUUGAGGUCACAUUGUUGAAAGAAUUUAUCCCAGUCAACUUGAAGACAGACUCAACCCCGUUCCGCCAAAGUUUGACGUUUGCCAUCAGGAAGAUGACCGUGAGAGUGCGUGACAGUUGCUUGUCUGCCUGCAAGAGCAAAAAGGAGAAAGGAGGAACACAGGAACCCUUUUUAGAGCGAGGUCUGAGCUGGCUGGACUGGCUUUACAGUCUGCUGGUGAGUAGUCUGGCCCCGGGUGCAUCGUAUCAGAGGAGACAGACGACCCUUGACCUCCUGUCUGCUGUGAUGGAGACGCUGGUCUUUCAGGAACAGGUCGUCUCAAAGAAGGGAAAGGCACAAGAGUCGUGCCGUUUGCUGGUGGAUCACGCCCAGUCCCGGGGAAUGUGGAACUUCUGGGGCCGUGACAAUGUCAUCUCUCUCCUGGCGUGUUUGCAGGAUGGUGCUGAAGAGAUCCAAAACCAAGUGUUCUCCCUGCUGCUCAAGUACUACAGAGCUGCUGUGUCGGAGCUGUUGUGUGACAGAAGUGUCCUCCAACGCUUCCUGAGCCUGGCCAUGUCCCUCUUGUCCAGGCCAAAAGCCUACGAGAAUCACAGCGGACUCCUCCUCAUGUCCCUUAUUUUGCAUUGCCAUGUCAUGGAAUCAGGUCUGCGACUGGAGCAUGACAGCAGCCAGCCCCUGCAUAUCUCUAUCACAGCAGAUGAUUCUUCCCCGACUCACAAAGAGAUGGAUGAUCCUACCUUUGCUUUUAUCCAGAUGAUGACAAGCCAAGUGACAUCAUGUUUCUCUAUCGUACAAAAAGAUCUCAUCUCUGGUUUCAAAAAGUAUUCAAUCCAUGGUCUGACACACUGUGUUACCAGAAGUCUACAGGACGUGAGCAAAGUGAAGCGUGUUCUGGAACCACCAGCCUUGUGGUCUGCCCAGCUGUGUGAGAUUGUUCGAGUCAAUCAGGAAAUCAUCAAUCUGGCUUUGGACAUCUUGUCAGGCGGCAAAACUUUAGAAAAGUGUCCAUCGUUUGCUGAAAUGGGCAUGGCUCUGGAAAGGCUCGUAUCCGGCUCAGGCGAUGAUGAGGAUGAGGAGGAGAUGUUGGCGCUGAGUCCUGAGUUCCAGCUUCUCUUGUCCUGGUGCUGGAUAAACCUGAAGGAUAGCUGCUCUUGCCUCGGAGAAGUUGUGUCAAUCUCUCUGAGUGAAGGGAACUUCCUUCUCCCCAUAUCUGUACUGGAAAGCGUUGGUGAAAUGUUUGUCAAAAUCCUCACAACUUGUAGGCACAGGGGUGCUAUAGAAGGGUGUCGGAAUGGAUUUUCCUGCUUCUGCUCUUCACUUUUCUCCAGCAAGGAGCCUGAAGUCUGUGAUAUCCCAAAGACAAUUCUUGAUAAGAUUUUGACCAGUCUCUCCGACCAGACCCUGACGGCUUCAGUGACCCGACGCUCGGCUGGACUGCCCAUCAUUGUACAGACCAUUGUCCAGGCAGCCAAGAAGACAAAGAAUAUGUCUGUUCUGGAGUCAACCCUGGACCAGCUCCUGUGUAUUGCUUCUCAGCCCUUGUCCUUGGAUCACAGUCAACAGAGAGACUUGAGUCAGAGCCAUGCUCUCAACAUUCUCAAGGUGAUCUUCUCAGAUGCGAGCCUGGCUCGAGCACUGUUCCCGUACCUGUCCCGUGCCACUGUGCUGGUCAUUCAAGGAUUUGACUCACCCUCUUGGGCCAUAAGGAAUGCAGCCACACAGUUGAUCAGCACUCUGGUCAUGAGGAUCUUUGGUCAGCGCAACAAAAGUGACCACCAGGGCAGCAUCACGCUGGAAGAGUUUGAGAGUCAGUACCCGAGUUUGCUCAGCUUUGUCAGUGACAGCAUCGCGGCAUGUGAGGAUGUCAGUGUGUGCGUCAGUUCGUCGCUCUACGUCAUCUUGACGCUGCUGUCUGGUCUGGGCAUGUCCCCUUCUCACCUGCACACCUCAAGAUUCAGGCCAAUGCUGAAGCAGAACGUCAUGCGUUUCCUGUGCAGCCCAGUGCUGUCACUGCGCAAACUUUCUGCUCAAACCCUGGUAGCGUUAACUCCCCUCGACAAAACAGGGGAGGUCCUAAAAAGUGUGAUGGAGAAGCUUAGUGCGGGCAACAUGAACCAGACCCAUGGCUGGCUACAGACCUGUCAGAGCUUACUGUCAACCAAGACGCUCGGCGAGAGUAUUCUGACAGAUCUCAUUGAGUUUAUCUUGGCGGAUGACAUGCUCCAAAAGCACAAAGGAUCCUGCCUGCUGGUGGCUAGCAUCUGCUUAGAAAUUCUCUCAAUGGCUUUGGAAAGUCUUGUCCUAGAAGAAGCCUUCACAGACAAGAUUUGGUCAUAUCUGAAGUCCAUGCUAUGUGAUUUGAGCUCUCGAAGUACCCUCUCAGGCCAGAUUAACCGCCAGCAUUCUCUCAAAGGAUGUUUUUCAACUAUGGUGACUGUGGUGAUAAAGUCUAACAAGAGUGAAAGGCGAGUCUGUGAUGAGCUAGCUGUGAUCUUGACUUCUAGUUUACUUUCCUCUGACCCAGACAUGUGCGUCUCAGCUUUGGACAUCAUCGGUGAGGCAAACGGUCUAGACUUGGCUAGCCAGCCAGGGGUUCAGAGGGCAUUGUGGCAGACACUCCUCAGGGAAAACAGAACUGCCAGCUUUCAGCAGAUUGGGGAGAUCUUGUUGCGGGAGGCUAUCCGAGGGAACCUGGCUGUACAGGGCUCAGAGAUGAGUGAUGUGGAUACAGAGACUCUAAAACGUCGCUGGAAGCAGCGGAGUGGCGUGCAGUCUGUGAUUUUUGCUGUAGAGAGUAUGAUUUGGUCUGCCCUCUCUGAAUCUGAGCUUGUUGAACGGCUUCCAUCUGUGUGUGUGUGGUCGGAACAACUGUUGGAACUUACGAAUCCUUCGUCAAAUGAGAACCUCCGAGUCACAGCUGCUCAGUCCUUGCGGCUUUGUGGACAAAGAAUCUUGACUGUGUGUCAUGGGCAUCAGGCUUCAGCUUAUAGCAAGACCAUUGUUAGAUGUUUCCUCCUCUCCUGUUUACGACUGCUGGAGGAUUCCGAGCCCGAGGUCAGGUGGGAGACUGCGGCUUUCUUCAGCGGCUUCCAGGACAGCCAGCAAGUGUUUCAAGCCAACCUGUGUUACCAGAUUUUCAGCCAUGUGAUUGAGGAUGACCUAGCAUGGUGCAGUGCAGCCAUGACCUGCCUGGUGGACAUUCUUUACCGAGCUCAGAAUCUGACACAUUCUGUUGAGGCUGCCAAGAACCCAAGAUCUCAAGCGUUGUUCGAACCAGAGACUGCAAGUUCCUUUUCUGAAAAUCACAUGACGCAGCUUUGGGCUUUUACCACAUUGCAGAGCAUCAUCACCAGAAGCAAGUCCCCAGCAGUUGUCCUUCUUGUCUUGACUGCCUGCCGCGAAGCCUGCAAGGAAUUGGAGGAGCAGAUGCCCAGGUUGUGUGAAAGCUUGACAGGUGAACCCGUGAUGAAUGUGAGCUGUGAUGCAGCAGUCAUGUCUUCUCUGCUGGGAGUUAAGUGUCUUUCAUUGCUGCAACGAGCUCUUCAAAAUCAUGAGGAAACAAAAGCUGACCUAAAGUUGUCGAUGCAGAAUCUGAUUUCUCCCCUGGAACAGGUGAUUGACUUCCAUCCUCUUCUAAGGGAAGGUUCUGCACUCCAAAGCCUGUUACAACCAGAAGUGAACUUGUCCUCCUCCAGCAAGAGAUUGACAUGACAUGACCUUGAGUUAUAACUUUCAAUUUUUGCUCUGCAACUUAAACUGAAUGUGAAGAAUGUGAUAAAAAAUAAAAGACUGAAAAAUCAU